GUUGAGAGAAAUCUCCAUCCAGUUGCUUCCUCCACUCUCCAUCCAUUCAAUUCAAACAUGCAGCUACAGCUCUGGCCAAUGGACUCAAGCAUGUAUGUGCCUGCCACCGCCACUCGAGCAACUCACCCGUCUUCACUCUUUCCAGAAAUCACAAGAUGCAAAUCUAUCGCACAACUUAAUCAAAUUCACGCCCACUUCAUCAAAACCGGCCUUGUCCGCGACCCUCUUGCUGCAGCCGAAAUUCUCAAAUUUCUCUCCCUUUCAAACCACCGUGACGUCAACUACGCCCGUAAGUUUUUUGCUCAAAUUCAUGAACCCAAUUGCUUCUCUUGGAAUACCGUCAUCAGAGCUUUUGCUGAAACUGAUGACGAUGAUAGUCAAAAUGAUAGCGAUUCGAACCCAUUUGAAGCGUUGUUUUAUUUUUGCCAAAUGUGUGGGGAUGGGUUAGUGGAACCCAAUAGAUUCACCUUCCCUUCUGUGUUGAAAGCCUGUGCUAAAACCGCAAGGCUUCAAGAAGGGAAGCAGGUUCAUGGGUUUGUUGUCAAAUUAGGAUUGGAUAAUGAUGAAUUUGUUGCUAGCAAUCUUAUUAGGAUGUAUGUUAUGUGUGGACUCAUGGAGGAUGCCAAUGUAUUGUUUAUCAAACACGUUUCUGAGUAUGUUAACCGUAGCAAAUUAGCUAGAGAUAAGAGGACGCAAGACGGCAAUGUGGUUUUGUGGAAUGUGAUGAUUGAUGGAUAUGUCAGGUUGGGAGACAUCAAAACUUCCAGAGAGUUGUUCGAUAAUAUGCCUCAAAGAAGUGUGGUGUCCUGGAAUGUAAUGAUAUCGGGGUAUGCACAAAGUGGCCAUUUUAAGGAGGCCAUAGAUUUGUUUCACGAUAUGCAAAUGGGAGAUAUACCUCCUAAUUACGUGACUUUGGUUAGCAUACUUCCUGCAAUUUCACGGCUGGGUGCUCUUGAACUUGGUAAAUGGGUGCAUUUGUAUGCAGAAAAGAAUAGGCUUGAGAUUAAUGAUGUGCUUGGUUCAGCUUUGAUUGAUAUGUAUUCCAAGUGUGGAAGCAUUGAGAAGGCAGUUCAGGUGUUUGAGCGGAUACGUGAUAAAAAGAAUGCUGUUACUUGGAGUGCUAUAAUUGGUGGUCUUGCUAUGCACGGUAGGGCAAAGGACGCUCUUGCGUAUUUUAGGAGGAUGCAACAAGCUGGUGUGACGCCCAGUGACGUUGUGUAUAUUGGUCUUCUGAGUGCUUGCAGCCAUGCUGGUUUAGUGGAAGAGGGUCGUUCAGUAUUCAAUGAUAUGGUUAAUUCUGUUGGUUUAGAACCUAGGAUUGAACAUUAUGGAUGCAUGGUUGAUCUUCUAGGUCGUGCUGGGCUUUUGGAGGAGGCUGAACAACUUAUACUGAACAUGCCUAUUCAACCAGAUGAUGUGAUAUGGAAAGCACUGCUUGGUGCUUGUAAAAUGCAUGGAAACAUUGAGAUGGGUGAACGUGUGGCAGGGAUCUUGAUGGAUAUGUUUCCACAUGAUAGUGGAUCUUAUGUAGCUCUCUCCAAUAUAUUUGCCUCUCGGGGAAAUUGGGAAGGAGUUGCUGAGGUGAGGCUAAAAAUGAAGGAAAUGGAUAUAAGAAAAGAACCUGGAUGUAGUUGGAUUGAGCUUGAUGGAGUCAUUCAUGAAUUCCUUGUAGAAGAUGAAUCCCAUCCUAGAGCUAAAGAAAUCCACUCCAUGUUGGAGGAAAUUUCAAAUAGAUUGAGGUCUACAGGCUACAGGCCAAACACCACACAAGUCUUGCUCAACAUGGAUGAAGAAGACAAAGAAAGUACACUACACUAUCACAGUGAGAGAAUUGCUAUUGCCUAUGGUUUAAUCAGUACAAACCCCCAAACCCCACUUAGGAUUGUUAAGAACCUGCGUGUUUGUGAAGAUUGUCACUCUUCAAUUAAGCUAAUCUCAAAGAUCUAUCAACGUAAGAUUAUAGUAAGGGACCGGAAGCGAUUUCAUCAUUUUGAGAAUGGGGCAUGUUCUUGUAUGGACUAUUGGUAGCUCCAUGCCUCUCUAAUAGUAAGGUCCAACAAUGGCAUGAGAAUGAGAAUGAGAAUCUUUUGCUCUUGAUAAAAUUUUUAGAUUGGCCAAUAACCAAGGAGAAUGAGGAUGAAAACAAGCAAGAGUUUCAGCCAGAAAAAUUAUGCUUCACUAGUCAAUUAUUAAGUGCCAACAUCCAAGAGCACCAUACAGAAUUGAACAAGAAAACCAGGAGCAGGUUGGAAUUUGCGUGGAUUUUACUUCUGGCAUAGCUGCGGGUGCUUUUCCACUAAAAUCCGGUCGUUGCUUCCUGUUCCUGAUAUUUUUUUAUCAGAAAUGGCAUUGCAGGUGAUAAGACAAGAAAUUUACCAUGGUGUGUUCCCAGCAUGCUGAACAAAAGUUGCAUAGAAGAAGAAAAUCCCAGUUGGUAUGGCAAGUCUUGGUGAGUAUAAUAAUUACAUUACAGGUUCAGGUGGACUUGAUUUCAAGUCUCAUGCUGGUGCUCAAGUCUUCUUUGGAAAUUUGUUAUGAAGGUGUGAAUUUUAGGAGUAUAUACACUCACACUAGGGUUGUAAGAUAAUUUAUUAAACAAUCAACUGAAAGAAGUUGAAUCUGAUAUAUAUAUACCUUUAUUUCACAGUGA